AGCAGAGGCCGUACGCACACCUCUCGCUCACUUACCCUAUUGUGUCGCGACAGAUCCCGGCGCUGUUCAGAAUCAGGCGCGCACGGUUGUUUAUUUUGUGUUCAUCUCCCCUUGUGCCGUAAUCGCCAGCCAGAAAGAAAACAAAAUGGAGUUGAUCCUAAUCUUUAUCUCGUUCAUCCCAUUCGCCGUCGCCAUGAGAGGAAACGCUAUCACAGACGAUGCGGCGCCGAGAGGACCCGUGGACUGCAGAGCCGAGAGGGACGUGGGCUCUUGUGCCAGCCAGGAGGAGGCCUGGUACUACAACGCGUCGGCGGAUCAGUGCCACUUCUUCGUGUACUCGGGCUGCGGCGGAAACACUAACAGGUUCCCCAGCAGGAUGGCGUGCGAGGAGGCGUGCCAGAAGCUGCGGUGUCCUGUGCUCGACUGCCCCGACAGCUGCACGCGAGGCAAGACCAAGACGGGCUGUGACACUUGCAACUGCAGUGUCGAGGAGGCCGGGUACAUCUGCGGGCAGCCUCUGCAGCGCGGGUACUGCCGGGCGCUGCACUACCGAUGGGCCUGGGACGCCACGGCGAAGACCUGCUCCACCUUCGUCUACGGCGGCUGCGGCGGCACCGAGAACAACUUCGAGACCAAGGAGAUGUGCCUCAGUGUGUGCAAGAGGACGUUAGACCAAGCUUAAGGCCGAGAAGGAAAGCGGGAGUCAGGAAAAACGAGUCUGCAGAAGCGUCAGUGUCUUCAGAGGAAUGUUGUUCUCAGUGUGUGAACAGUGUACUGGACAGUGCCCUGUGUUGAGCCCAUGUCGUCAUCCUGAGUAGUCCAGAUUUAGCUGUGUUCUGUCACGGGUCAUGUUGGUUUAAUCACUACGUAAUAUAUAUAUUUUCUUUUCUAAAGUCCACACAAGUUGCCAGUUUUCUUUUUUGUGCAUGCCACAAAUUGUACUGCACAUAUAAAAAAAACAUGCUGGAAAUCACCCCGAAACAAUGGUAUUAUGCAUAGUCUUACUAUCAUUACGAUACGGUACAAAAUGUUGCUGUUUAUGUCUUCAGAAGAAACGAUUCUGAAGGUGUAACCGGUGACGAAUGAAAUCUUUUAAUAUAACGAAUUGCGCUUUUGUUAGAAUAGGGAGAAAAAUUGAACCUACCUUGGUUAUAAAUACAUAUACCAUGUUACCACCUACGUUACCAUUUAUAUAUAUAUAUUCUUUCGUCUCCAUGGAUCUCCUCGCUGGAUGGUGAAGGAACAGCAUAAAACGUUUUAUUUUUAUUAUUUUUCAUUAUGUUGCGAAAACCUCCGGCGGGGAAAACGAUGUUCCUUUUAUGUUACCAUGUGUGCUAAGGGUUGUGCAAGUCAUCGAGUCUUAGGCUAGUUCUCAUUCUGCAAGCGUGUAAGGCGAUUUGGUUGACUGAUGUUGUAUGUGCUCACGGAUGCGGGUGAAUGUGUUUGUAUGUAGGUUGUAAAAGAAAGAAUAAAAAAGGAGACAUCAAUUAGUUCGGUUCCAUAUCUUCAUAAUGACGUAAUUUUUCCCUCCACCUUCCCUCCAGCCCAUCCACAUAACUCCCCCCCCCCUCCUCCACGCUAUCCACAUAGACCCCCACCCUCGCCCUACAUCUUCCC